AUGGACUCUUCGCACGAUCUAGAAAAUGGAUCAACGUCGCCAGCUAUGGCAGGAAUCAAACGCAAAGCUUCAUUCUCCUCCUCAGAACGCGUUCCAAAACGGGCAACUACUACAUCCGUCCUUGAUCAUCUUCCUGCUGCCGACCCAGAACCAAUUCAUCUUUGUUCCGUCUGCCAUCAUCCUUGCUGGUACUGCCAGGCCGCCAGUGCGUCGCAGGAGGAUCCGGAGCCUUCUGAAAAAUCCAUGGCUCCUCGAAAGUCUAGCGUUACCACGCAGUCCGAGGUCUCGAGGGCCUCCAGUAGCAAGCGCAAACGCGAAGACGGACGGAUAUACGUUGGUCCAAAGGAUGCCGGCUUCCAAGAGAACAUACUACAACCUUGCAACAUUGAGAAGAUAUAUAUUGUUCCCGAAGAGGACUUUACGCCUGUCGCAGUGUUUGGCGAGCCAUCCGAGAUCGCUUCUAUGGGUGCAUUCCUGAACUUUGACAAGGCUGAGUUGAGGAGGAUAGCACAACAAUUUAUGGAGUACGAGAGGAGGGGAGACAAUGAACAUACCCUUAGCGUCACAUAUACCAAGAAACUCCUUGUUGAUGAAGAUGUGCCUAGCCCGCAAGGACCAGUCCAGACCUUAUCACUGCGAAAAGAUCGCUGGAGGCCUCAUAAACCCGGGCCCACAAUUCAGAGCAACCUGUACUUCUUCGAUUGGGAUGUUGAACCAGAUGUUACCUAUGCAGUCUCGAUAAACCAAUUUGACGCCCUGUUGCGCAAGAGAUUGCAGUCUGCUCCUUUUAAUCACUGGCUCGCAGAGGACGAAGGAUCAUCCCCAUAUCUGACCAUCGAGUACAAGUGCGGGGAGAAAGGUGGCAAGAAAAGCCACGCCAUCAACCAGAAUGUUUGCGCCUCCGUUAUUUGGCUCUAUCAGCGACGGGCAAUGAGACAAGACCUGGAAUUGGGCAUAGCAGAUCUACGGCACUAUUCCAUCGUCCUGCUCGAUGGUGGCUUCGAAAUCUGGGAAGGACGCUGCGACGAGGUCGGAUUUUCCGUUCAGAUUCUGGCUAUGGGCAAUUUGAAAACUGUCCGUGACCUGAAGGAGUAUGUAACAUGGAGCAACGCCAUACACACAUGGGGACUAGGUCCGAAUGCCGAGUCCUUCAAAAAAGACGUCUUGGAGCUCUUCAAGCGCUCGGAAAGUUGUCUUCCGCUGACACCGAAGUCGCUUGCAACGCUUCCAGAAACGGCCGUGGUGUCCUCCUUGCAGGCAAAUGAGGAGUCCACACAAGCGUCAUUGAUAUCGUCUACUUCCGAUUCUCAGGUGGAUCCCGUAACCAAAGAUGCACCAAAUCCGAGCGGCUGGAGCCCUCCUCACUGA